AUUUAAAGAACCCGGAUAAACGGUGGAGACGACAAAUAUCUCGAAAACAAAAAUCGCAGAAACGGGGAAUUAUUGUUUAUGUGGGAAACAUGGCACCAGUACAGGGGAUAUGGGGAGCUCCAACUUCUACCAUCGAUUGGUGUGAGGAAAACUAUCAUGUCACUCCACUUAUUGCUGAAUUUUGGAACACCAUAAGCAAUGUGAUUUUCAUUAUCCCCUCCCUGUUGAUGCUGGGAAUAGGAACCAUAGAGGGACAUGAGGAGAGGUUUCAGUGGUGUCAUUUUUCUGUGUUCACUGUUGGAUUUGGUUCUUGGUGCUUUCAUAUGACUUUAUUAUAUAGUAUGCAGCUUUUAGAUGAGUUACCUAUGAUCUAUGGAGCAGCUUUCCAUCUUUAUUCAGACCUGGAAGUCACUAGUCCUCUGAAUCAUAAGAAUCGGCCGCUACAGAUUGGCCUGGCUAUAUACUGUGCUGUUGUCACCGCGUUUUACUUAUUCAGCAAACAUGUGAUAUUUUUUCAGGUUUCUUAUGGUUUUCUAGUCACUCUUAUGGUUCUUUCAAGUGUCAGGUUAAUGUUAAACUAUGAGCACAACACGCCUCUGUACAUAACUGGUCUUGUUACCUAUAUGACUGGCUUUAUACUCUGGAACUUAGAUCAACAUUUCUGUGGAAAUCUCCAGCUCAUAAGAAAAGAAUAUCUUGGGAUGUUUGCUCCAGUUUUCCAGCUUCAUGCCUGGUGGCACAUCCUGGCAGGGACCGGUACCUACCUCUCAGUAUUAUUUAGUGCUCACACAAGAUAUUUAUACCUGGGAAUGAAACCUGAAAUUAAGUUCUGGAUGGGGUUCUGGCCUUACCUUAGACUACGGAAACAGAAGAAGGAGUAGACAACUCUUCCCUGACUCACCACAGAGGUCUUCAGAUCCUCCUUAUUUAUAUCUAUUACUGCCGUCUAUAUACUAUAAUUUUACAUGAAUAUAUUUCUUUACUCAUAUUUUUUUAUGCUUUAAUUGUGCCAUCUAUCAGAUAAUUUUUAAAGGAUAUUUACAAACAUAUUGUUUUCUCCUAAAAGUUGUACAACCAUAUCAUUUUUAGAAAGUAAAAUAAUAUUUAGGUAAUGCCUUGUAAAGUAAAAUUCAGGAGUAUUGAUAUUUACAGUUGAUUUUUUGUUUGCUUUGUUAUAGAUUAAAGCAGUUUAAGAUUUAAUGUUGACAGUAGCUACAGAUUAUUUUAUUCUGAGUGAAGAUGUCCCGGGACGGAGUUGAUGAUAUAUGUUCAUGUAGAAGUAAAACACCUUUUAUCAGAGUUACUGCUGCUAUUGGAAGCUGCUAGGGCAUAAUCUGGCCAAUAUUGUCUGCCUUUAAUAGACUGAUUUCUUUCCCCCAAACUUUUCAAUAUCCACUCUCAUGUCAUUUCAAAUCUAGAAGAGAAACUAUACAUAUAAGUAACAUUCCUAAAAGGACUAUUAGUCAGGUGUGUAGCAAUGGUUAAUUUUAAUUGCACAUUUAA